CGCGUCCACACCAGACUCUCGAGGGUCUAGUGUCCCUCCGCCGACAGGAUGCACGUCCUCCUCGCGCGCCUCAUCAUCGCAUUUGUCCUUCUACUCAUCUUAUUCCCUGUCUACUCCAUCCAGAUAUUCGUCAUAUGGCCCUGGUACGGCAGCGUGCUCUCGGUCGAGCUUCUCUCUCUUCUCCUUCCUUUCAAUUUCCUCUCACUUAUGCUUCUGUGGAACUACUCUUCGUGCAUUACCACAGAUCCAGGCGGAGUGCCAGAUUCCUGGGAGCCUGACAUCAAGUCGGGUGACGGGUACGAAGUUAAGAGACUUACAGGCGCGCCGAGACACUGCCGCACGUGUAAGAAGUACAAGCCUCCUCGAUCUCACCACUGCCGUCAAUGCAAUAGAUGCGUGCUGCGAAUGGACCACCAUUGCCCUUGGGUGAACAACUGCAUCGGACACCGCAACUAUGGCCAUUUCAUACGCUUCCUCUUCUUCGUCGAUAUCACGACCUCCUAUCACAUGGCCAUGCUUACGAGGAGAGUGUAUGCAACCAUGCAAUCCACCUACUGGGACGAUCCUAGCGGCCUUGAGCUCGUAUUCAUCAUCCUCAACUACGUCUUUGUCAUCCCCGUUUUUCUCGCGGUCGGCGCGUUCAGCAUUUAUCAUAUCCACGGUCUAAUGUACAACACGACCACUAUAGAAGGCUGGGAAAAGGACAAGGCUGCUAUGCUUGUACGGCGAGGAAAGAUCGAGGAGGUCAAGUUCCCAUAUCACCUAGGCGUGCGACGCAAUAUCGAAUCCGUCCUAGGCGCCAACCCCCUCUUGUGGUGUUGUCCCACCAUACCACCCGGUACUGGUCUGAAGUACCAGCUCUCCGUAGCACCAGAUUCGCCCACUGCGCCUGUGUGGCCACCACGAGACCCGGCCCUCGUCGAUGCCUCCGAGUUCCGCCUGCCAGAUUCGCCGUGGACGUACGCCAACGGCGGAUACAACCCUUCCCUCGCCCCGUCCAACGCACGUCUACGUUCGAACGGCGCCCAGCGCCGUCAGGCAGGCGCCUCGGCCCUCCCGCCGUAUCAUCCCGACUACCGAGAAGAUGACGACGGGCAAGGAACAUACGCGGACGGUCCUGAAAUAUACUCGGACGACUCAGGCGAUGAGGUGGUUGCUGAGAGCACGAAUGCCAUCAGAGUGAGGAGGGGCUCAGAGGGGUACGAGGUGCGACCGAUGGUCGAUCGCGAGGAGAUGUUGAGGCAGCUUAUGGAGGAGCAAGGAGAGUUGGACAGAUACCAGCGCUACGUACCUGAGCCACCGAGUGAAGAGGAGGAUGAAGAGGAGGACGAAGGAGAAGAGGGCUAUGAGGCGUCGAGUGUGGUCGACAACGAUAAUAUACCGCUCGCAGUAGGGCAUUGAUACUUCAUUUUGGACUUGAGCUUGGACAUUGUCAAUGAUAUACGCUGGCAACUCUGCAGAAGUUUCUUCAGAAUUGUAUUAUGCAACAUGGGCUAACCAUUAGUAAACGUCCAUAAUCUACUAGGUAUAUACUACAGAGAAGAAAGAGGGUUCAAGGCAAGAGGCGACGAAAAUAACCCAGGGCAAGGUAGUUAAACAGGCUACAAACGUUCGAGAUAUACCUUCCAAGUAUGCCCGCCUUUCUCGCCCACUUCAAUAACGUUGGACCCUGCUUGCAAGUCCAUCAUCCAAAGGCCCUGCUGACCAGCUUGAUGACCGACUGCCGAGCCAUUCAGCAGAACAUGCACGCUGUCCGGUGUAGGCAUAGGCAUCAUCGGCGCGGGAACUGGCUUCUCCUUCUCGGAAGGAGCGGGAGCAGGUGCCGCCGCAGGUGCAGGUGCAGGUGCAGGUGCAGCAGCCUUCGCCUUUGCCGCAUUCUUCGCUGGCCUCCCCCGCUUCCUCUUCUUCGGUACAGGCUCUUCCUCUUCUUCCUCUUCCUCCUCUUCCUGUGCUUGCGAUGUCACCUGCUUCUGCGCGUGAUCCUCGCCGACUUCCUCUGUCCCUCCAUCUUCGUCGCCUUCCUCUUCAAGAAACGUGACGCCGGCGACGGUCAAGGAUUUCUCGCUUUGACCUAGCACCAGAGCCCACGAGCGUACGCCAUCGGCGCGGUCAAGCAUAAUCGCGCGCCCCCUCGGACGGGUAGUCAAGCACACCCACUUCAGCGGGCGUCGGCCAUCCAACGAAGGCGGUGGCGUGCGGACAACUGGUUGCUGGGCGGCGGCGAUGACUGGAGCUUGGCUCUGUGUAGGCGUGAAAACGGGGGUGGGCGCGUGUAUUUGUGAACGCUGAUGAUAAGCAGCGUUCGGAUAGUGAGAUGAGAAUUGGGGAGCGGUGGAAUAUGGCAGUACUUUUGGGGGUGCUUGAACAGGAGUGGCGGAUUUAGCUGGCUGCUGGUUGGCUGGACGUGCUGGGGGUGGCACUGGUGGGGUUGCAGUCUUCUUCGGUACGGAAACGGGUGUAGGAACGGCAGCAGGAGUGGGAGCGGGAGUAGGCGUAGGCUUAUGAAUAGAUUUAGGGGCUGAUUUGGAUGAAAGCGCGACGGCUGGAGGUGCGGUAGGUGGUUGUUUAGAUUGAGAAAGUUGAGUUGACUGACUUGGUGUUGAUGCAGGGACUGCAGGGGUUGGCAGGGCCGUGGUUAAGGGUGACUUGGCAGCUGGGGGCUUGGUGGUUGGUGCUUUGGCAGGCUGCGCUUUCACGGGUGACGGCGGUCUUGCAGGCGCUGCUUUCAUCGGUGUCGUCUUCGUUUUCGCGGACGGUCCCUCUGCUUGUGUUGCCUUCGUUGGUGCCAUUUUCGCAGGCGGCGCUUCUGUAGGCGCUGGCUUCGUUGAUGGUGCCUUAGCCUCGGAUUGGGGCCCGGUUUUCGAGGGAGGGGAAGUGGCUGACUUCGGCUCUGAACUCUUUGCAUUAGGAGCAGGAACACGAAGAGUGAUGGUGGGCACAGCUGGCCUCGAAGAAACGUUGGCCAAUGCUGUUGCUGCCGCCGAGGAUGCCGGCACUCUGAGCUUCAGCUUUCCGAUGGUAGGCUUUGAGUACUGAGGUAAUGCGUAAGGAGAAGGAAGAUCCGACAUAAGCUGAUAGAAGUAGUCCUGGAGAGUAACAGCAUCCUCCCAU